GCACAAACUGCAUCACAGCCUGGUUUGGAUCCUGCAAUGUCUCAUUUUGAAACAAACUGAAGCAAAUUUGAACCAGCAGUGCUAGGUGGCAGCAAAGGAAGGUAUUGAUGGCUGUAGAAGACACUUCAGUUUGUGAACACAAUAACCCUAAAAGUACAAUCUAUACUCUAACCUGCAUCUUUAAGGCUGUUCACAGAGCUUGGAGAAAAAAGUGUCAUUGGGUAAAAGUGAUAUGGAUUUUCUUGGAAGAUUGUUUCUGUAUUCUGCAUGUAUACAAGCUUUCUGUUCUCCUGUCUUUUCUGCUGAAUGGGAAGCAGAAGUUCUGCCAAAAAUAACUGCUCUGAUAGACUCAUGUGUGGUGGUACCCUGUAAAUUUCGAUACCCCGGUGGCCAAAAACCCUCUUCCAGACUAAGUGGCCUUUGGCAUUUUUACCAGAAGAAAGAAGAUUUAAAGAGUAAACAGUACAUUUACGCUGCUGAUGUUUCAAAAGUGGAAGCUAGUUUUAAAGGGCGCACAAGACUUCUGGGAAUCCUUGGCAAGGAUAACUGUACUUUAGAGAUUGAUAAAUUUAACGACCAUGAUGAUGGUCCAUUUUGCUUCAGGAUUGAAAUUCCUGAUGAAGAUAAUUUUUCCUUUCGGGAAGAAUGUGUAUCGAUCACUGCCAUUACCACUCCUGAAAAACCAAAACUGACUCAUGCAAAAAAAUGCUAUGAAGGGAAACCCUACACCAUCACCUGCUCGGUCACUCACACUUGCCCUUCUCACAUGCCUGUCCUCACCUGGAGUCGCCCCUCCGACAGUGAGAUUAUUACCCAUUACAAUAACCAUCAACCCGGAAUCUGGGAAGUUCAAUCUAUCCUGAAUAUUAUUCCACAUGCACGUGAUGAUCACAGUGAAAUCACGUGUGAAGCUAAAUUCCACGGAAAUAAAAUCUCAAAAAGCUCCAUGGACCUGCAUGUAAUAUACCCCACAGAUAAAGUGGACAUGCUCCAUAUCAUUAUUCCUGUUUCGGUUGUCGUGGUGACGGCAGUCCUUUUUGGGGGACUCUGCUUUUUAAUGAGGAAAAAAUACAUGAGACGUAUUGAAUCACUUCAAAAUCAAGGUGGUUUUGGCAUGUCCAUGUGGAACCGUAUUUCACGACUCUCUCGCAGAAGACACCCUGACCACUCUCCAGAUAGACAGCGCCCUGAAAGGAGGCAAGUGCAUAAAUUCAACUUCAGUGUUUUUUUUGUUUUAUCAUCAAAAAACUGUGCUAAUGCAUUUUCUCAUUUUUGAAGGUCAUUUUGGAGCAGAUUUUCCAGAAGAACAAACAUGACUCCCAUGGACAUGAAUGCAGCUCACAGAACGAAUAAUGACUCUGCAGGAUGGGGUGCCUCAAAACCACGCCUUCCCUCUCCUAAAAGUAACCACAAACCAGCCUAUGAAAGUAAACUUAAAGACUUUGAUGAGUCUAACAUUUAUGGGAACACAUAACUGAUCCACGAUGUUCAGGCUGAAGAAGAGAGCUGCAGACCACAUAUUUUCUUGCUUGUUUGUCUUUUAUUUUGGCACUGCAAAGUUUGUCUUUAACAUUAUAGACCACUUAGCUUGCUAUAACUAAAAACCACACCCAGAAUAAUUAACUAAAGUCAAGAACAGACACAUUUUUCUGUGACUUUUUAAAAUGAAAGGUUUCAAACUUGAUAUUGAAAAUUGUAUGUGCUUAGGCUAAUUCUUUGUUACUUCUUUUGUAAUUGUUGAAAUUAUGUACAAGUUGGAAGAUGAAUUCUUUGCUCUUUUACUUGAAAAUAAAACAAAAGGCAAAAAAAAUGUA